UUCUUCUCCUUCCUAAGCAAGGAGUCUUUCAGCUGCUCAGCUACUCUUUGCACAGGAUCUGCAGCUAGCCUACUUCGGAAACCUCUUUCUAUCAAAAGGUGCUCAUCUCUUUCCCUUUUUUUUUUUUUUGUCCCAUGCAUCCUGAGUGUCUUAAGUUCAGCUUUAUCUGUACUGCCUAAGGAUACUUUAGGUUCUAUUUUUGAUGCUGGACAACCUUCUGCUGCUGCUGCAGACUGGUGAGAAUCACUUCAUUUAAUUUCUUCAGUACACUCAUCUGGAUAGACUUGAGUCUUCCAGGGUUUUUAGAACCUGGGAGGGAAACGCUGUAGCUUCUUCCAGCUUGGUAAUGUAUGCAGCUGCAGUAAGCCUGGAAGAGCACAGCAAGUCCAUGGCAUCAGCAAGAGUUUGUAGCUUCUGUGUGCCCAAUGGCCUCCAAUGUAUAGCAAAUUUAUAUGUCGAUUUUAGGUUAGUUCUAUGUUUGCCAGGAAAUGCCCUCACUUCUAUGGCAAGUUAAAGGUUUAUAGGAAACAGAUGCAAAUGCAUGACUCUAAUUUUCUCCAAUUAAUUUCCUUUAACUAAUUCUCUGGAUUUCUGCCUGGCCUUCCACUGUUAAUAUGGCUAUCUCAGUGAUGUAGCACAAGUCUUCAUGGAAAUGUAGGUUAAAUGAGGUAAUGGGUGUUUGGUGAACCCCUACAGUAAACAGAAUAGUCUGCAUCCCCUUGAUGUGUGCCCCCUGCAAAUACUGCAAUUUCUAUACAGAUCAGUGAUGUCUUACUUGCUCUUUAUUCUGUUUGCUCUCUUCUGCAUUUUACAUCAUCUGUAAAGAGGGAAACUUCAUCUUUUUCUGAGCUUUUACAGCAUCUCCAGCUUUGGGAUCCUCAGCCAUGGCUGAAGCAUCUAAGCAGUAGACACACAAAUGUAUUAUAAAGCUGAAGGUGAAUAAUUUAUCUUAAUAAAGGGAUUGUAUUUUUUUUCUUAUCAGAAUAAUCUUUGAAAUAAGAACUGGUUUUACUCGUGUGUAUAAAAUUGGAUGAAAGAACACCUGUAGGUUUGUAAUCUACCUGUAAAUAUUUUCAUGGAAUUUAUAUUUUCUGUGAUUAAAAAGAUCUGUCUCAUGCUGGCAGAUCUAUUGCUACACUGCAGCACUCAGGGAGUAGUUAUACUGUGAUACUGGAGAUAGGUACAAAGGUGUUUGCCUUCACAAAACAUGAACAGGCACUUCUUGAGUUACGGGGGAGUAAAUAACUUCCUGUAUCUUAAGCUAUUGUCACCUUGGUGUUUGUAGACAAUCAGAUUAAACUGGAACCUGUUUUACAAUAAAAGAACAUCUAUUACGUGUGCUCUACAGCCUAUGGAGAAAAAAACCAAAACAAAACAAGCUUUGAAAAACACACUUUUGUACAAUUAAGUACCUCCAGCAAUAGCACAAAUGAUACAAUUUAAUAGAAAUUGCACAAUGGUCCACCUUAUUCCAUUUCAUCACCAGACUCCUCUAGUAGGCACCUCUCCCUAACAAUAAGGGAGACAAGCCAUAGAUGUACAUCCACGAUGCGCAUCAGAUGAGAACGUUGGAUAUAAGUAUCCAUGGCAUCAUGGAUAAUCUUGAGAAAGCUGGAACUGUUGAUCUCUGAUUUGAAUCUUAGAAGGUCAAAAAUGGUUACUCAUCUUUCAAGAACAAUUUCUUCUUUAGGAAGGUUCAGCUAGCAGAAACCAUCAUUGCUAUUUAAUAACAUGCAGUUCUUCAAGGCAAAAUGUCAAUAGCUCCAUUCUCUUUGUGAGGAAUGAUUGUUGUAUAAUUUUUCCAUUGUGUUACUCUGCUUGUAGCUCUGAAAUUAAUGUUGCAUUUGUUUGUCUAGUGGCAUAUACUGUAUGUAGAGUGUAGUUUAUAUUAUCUUUUAUAAAUUUUUUUGUCUGAUACAGACAAAAAGAGUUUGGCUCAUGUGGUGCUUAAUUAUCAUCACAUUGAGUACUGCAGUGGAAUUUGUAAAUCUUUGAAAUUCCAGGAUAAAGAAGAGAAUGAGUGUUUGUCAGGAUAAUAUUGUUUGUAAUUUCUGAUGGCAGAAAAAGUGAAUUUCCCACCUCCCAACCCCCAAAAAUGUCACCCGAUUUUCGUAGUGAGAAGUGUUCUUUUAUAACUUCUUAUAACAGAACUUAUCUGCUCUUUUAUAACUUCUAUGGCAGUUUAACAAUGGUACUUCUGCUCUGUUCUCCUCCUGCCUCCUGCUGAACUCCGAGCAGUGCCUGAAGUGCCUGCUCAGUGAAGCUAAUCGUGAUCUGUGUACUCUUUCUCUCUUUGACACUUUUUACAACCAUCUCCGGCUUCAGAAGAGCUGUGUUUGGGCAGAAAGUAACGGGUGUUGGGAGUAAGUAGAGUUCCUCACUGAAAUCACAUGAUGGCAAAUCUGGGAAUUCCUGCUUCAUUUAUGAGUGUGCACAGAAUGCAAUGUCACUCUCUCCCCAUCCAGAGAUGCUUACUACAAAGAACUGAACUGCAUUCCACAGCGACAGUCAUUUACCCAAAUAAACUCUCUCAUCAGAAAGCACCAGGAUCUUGCGGCUCCCUCAGUUGAAGCAGGUCUUUUAUUUUUAACAUCUGUGCACCUUCUUUUUUUUUUUUCCACUUUGUAGGUUUUUAUUUUCAAACAAAAGAACCGUUUCAAGAAUUCUUCAAAAGAGCAGUGAUUUCUCCUACUGGGACUGAAGCAGAGCCUAUUACUGUGCUAUUUUUGCCCCACAGCCCUGCAGGUCUACCUGUGUGUCCUGUGCUGAGAUCUCCACAAGGAGGAGCAGGAGAACGCCCACCAGGGACAGAUGUACUUGGAUAACAAAGAUGACAGUACAAUUUCUAGACAACAAGAGAUGGAGCUGAAUCAGACAUCUUCACAUCAAACCAGUUUGUCUGCAAAGGUGGCAGCCAAACCGGUGACCAGAAGUUGCAAUGAGCUGCAUCUACUAAAAGAGUAUCAUGGCAUGGUAGCGAGUCUUGGAGAACCACAGAACCUCUGUGAAAAAUCAGCUACAGGGGAGGAUGGCUGCAUUGCUCUGGGGAAGGAUUUCACUCCUGUGCCCAUGCAGGGAAGAUAUCACUUCAAUUUUUCAAAACUAUUCAGCUCGAGGUCAAAAAACACUGGCUUUACAGAGAAGACACCACUACUGAAGGUUUUCUCAGAGGAAAAUGGGUUGCAGUGUAUGGCUCUUCAUAAUCCAGAUUUUACCACAGAUGAUGAUUCAUGGGACAACAGCUCAGCAGAAUUUGAGCAAAGGUUUCAAUUGGAAAGUGAAAUGACAAGUUUUUCCAGAUCUGCUUCUUCUGAGAAAUACGAAAUCUUGGACAACCUUCAUGUCAAGUUCAAUUUAUCAAAGAUGAGAUGCUGUCUAAAAUUCCUAAAAGUUUCAGGCCUUUUUAUCUUUGUAGUUGUCUGCUCUAUUUUAUUCGGCAUUUAUCCAGAUCAAGGUGUUCCAUGGCAGAUGUUGGCUGUAUCACCUCUGGAAAGCUUCUCUAUGAAUCUGACUGACUUUCGUGAUUCUGCUCUGUUGAAAUUAGACAUAGGAGGCCCAUUUGGAGCACAUGUAGUUGAUGAGCAAACAGAAGAAUACAUCAUAGUACAAAUCAGCCAGAAUGAAGACACAGGAUCAAGGAGGAGACGCCAGCAGCAGGUGGUAUACAACUGGUCUCUACCCUUAAGUUCAAGAAGAAAUCAGCAAAUCAUCACAACUAGAACCUUUCAGAUACCAAACAGAGGCACCAUCUUCGUAAACAUUCAAGCUUUCCUACAGGAGUCUGGAAGUGUUCCUCUCUCCAUGAAGCAUCAAUACCUUCACGCAAAUAUAGAGGCACAAGUAACAGUUGCAUCCGUCAUCUUAGUAGGUGUCUACGUGCUGAUCAUAUUUGAAAUUGUUCACAGGACCCUUGCGGCGAUGUUGGGCUCUUUGGCAGCUUUAGCCGCCUUAGCUAUUGUUGGGGAGAGGCCAAGUAUGGUCAAAGUGGUGGAGUGGAUUGACUAUGAGACACUGGCAUUGCUGUUUGGAAUGAUGGUUUUGGUGGCCAUAUUUUCAGAGACUGGAUUCUUUGAUUACUGUGCAGUAAAGGCUUAUCGGUUCUCUAGAGGCAAGGUAUGGGCCAUGAUUACGCUUCUGUGCCUCAUUGCUGCAAUUCUUUCUGCAUUUUUGGACAAUGUUACCACUAUGCUGCUCUUUACUCCAGUAACCAUAAGGCUCUGUGAAGUACUUAAUCUUGAUCCUAGGCACGUCCUGAUUGCAGAAGUAAUCUUCACAAAUAUUGGAGGGGCUGCCACCGCUGUUGGGGAUCCUCCAAAUGUGAUUAUUGUUUCAAAGCAGGAGCUGAGAAAGAAGGGUUUGGAUUUUGCAGCCUUCACGGGGCAUAUGUUUGUGGGUAUCUGCCUUGUUGUUCUGGUCUCCUUUCCUUUUCUCAGACUUCUUUAUUGGAACAAAAAACUUUACAAUAAGGAGCCAAGUGAAAUUGUUGAGUUGAAACAUGAGAUCUAUGUUUGGAGACUGACUGCACAGCGCAUUAACCCAGCCAGCAGAGAGGAGACUGCUGUGAAAUGCCUCUUGAUGCAGAAGGUGCUGACUCUGGAGAUGCUCCUGAGGAAGAAGUUGAGGACGUUUCACAGACAAAUUUCACAAGAAGAUAAAAACUGGGAAACAAAUAUUCAGGAACUUCAGAAAAAACACAGAAUAACAGACAAAAUUCUCCUUAUCAAAUGCCUGAGUGUGCUGGGAUGUGUUAUUCUUAUGUUUUUUCUCAACUCCUUUGUUCCAGGGAUCUACCUAGAUCUUGGCUGGAUUGCCAUGUUGGGAGCCAUUUGGCUGCUAGUGCUAGCAGACAUCCAUGAUUUUGAGAUGAUAUUGAACAGAGUUGAGUGGGCAACCCUCCUUUUCUUUGCAGCAUUGUUUGUUCUCAUGGAGGCUUUGGCUCAUCUGCACUUAAUAGACUACAUAGGAGAGCAGACAGCUUUGUUAAUAAAGGUGGUUCCUGAGGACCAGCGCUUGGCAGUGGCUAUCAUUUUAGUGCUCUGGGUGUCUGCUUUGGCCUCUUCUGUGAUUGACAAUAUCCCCUUCACGGCUACAAUGAUUCCUGUACUUCUCAACCUGAGUAAAGAUCCAGAUGUUAAUCUGCCUAUGAAACCAUUAAUCUUCUCAUUGGCCAUGGGUGCGUGCCUUGGAGGUAAUGGAACACUGAUUGGAGCAUCUGCAAAUGUUGUUUGUGCGGGAAUUGCUGAACAGCAUGGUUAUGGCUUCUCUUUCAUGGAGUUUUUCAGGUUAGGUUUCCCCAUGAUGAUUGUAUCCUGUACCAUUGGGAUGUGCUAUCUUCUUGUUGCUCAUGUUGUAGUAGGUUGGAACUCAUAGUAAUUUAUACUUUCAAGACUCAAAUAAGCUUUCUCUUUCAUUUAGUUUAUAUCAGAAUGCUAAGAACACUUAUAAAAGGAAAAAGGUGUAAAACCCCAACAUAUGGUAUUAAUCAAAUUGAUUGUCAGCAUAAACAUCAGAUUUGGUCAUUCUUAACCUUCUGCUUUAUGAACCAUUUGCAGAACUAGACAAUCAAAAUUUUAAGAAUCCAUAUAUUUAAUUACAAAUGCAGUUAUUGUGCAGAUAAAAAGGAACCAUCUCCAGGGAGUAUGCUGUGCCUGAAAGUUUGUAUUGACACAGUCUGAGUAUAGUCACAGAUGAUAAACUCAUUCACAAUAGCAGAUGUUCAGUAAUUUCUUUUUAGGACUUCAUUUUUCUUUGUCAAUAUAUUUAGCUAUUUGUAUGAAAGUAACUAAUAUUCCAGUUGUAAUAAUUGACAGUUAAGCAGGAAGUCUGUACACUAUGCAAGAUGUAUCAUUAUCUACAUUUAAAAAUAAACACGUCUUAAAAAUGU